CCGCACUACAGGUAUCUCGCUCUAUCCCUCCUACCCGCGCACGCGCGUGACCGUUUUUGAUCAAGCACAUCACGUACAUCUAAAACCGUCAUACUCCUACAGUUCAGCCCUGGAGUAGGGUAAACGGUUCGGUGGACGUUCAAAACAAAAUAACAAAGCCAGUGUCUUGGUGCUGUUUAGUGUGUAACUGGUGUCGGGCAAACCGUAAUUAUAAACAGCCGAUCACUUAUAGUUUACUAUAACUGCUCUACACGUCCUCUACGUGCGACCCAGAUAACCGACGGCUGUACUAAUCUACAACCAUGUCUACAUACGCGUCCGGCAAACUCAUCAUAGUCUCGAACCGCCUCCCGUUCGUUCUUAAAAAAAACGAACAUACUCAAAAAUGGGAAAGAAAAGCCAGUGCUGGUGGUUUAGUCACUGCUGUUGCACCCGUUGUAGUUCAAGGAAAUGGAUUAUGGAUUGGAUGGGCAGGUGUUCAUUUAGGGGAAGGUGAAAAAAUACCAGAAUCAGAUCCUAAUGAUAUUACACCUACCGCUGGAUUACGUUCAGAUAAAGUUAUACAUGUUGAUUUUGAUCCUCAAACAUUUGAUAGUUAUUAUAAUGGUUGUUGCAAUGGUACAUUUUGGCCAUUAUUUCAUUCAAUGCCUGAUAGAGCACAAUUUUCUGCUGACUCUUGGAAAUCUUAUUGUACAGUUAAUAAAGAAUUUGCAUCGAAAACAGUUGGAGCCUUGGAAAGUUUGUCUAUAGCAGAUACAGAUUCUGGAACUCCUCUUGUUUGGUUACAUGAUUACCAUCUUAUGUUAGCAGCCAAUAGCAUAAGAAAUGCAGCUGAUGAAAAAAAUUUGAAAUUCAAAUUAGGAUUUUUCCUUCAUAUACCAUUUCCUUCAUGGGAUAUUUUCAGACUAUUUCCAUGGGCUGAUGAAGUUCUGCAAGGAAUGUUAGGUUGUGAUAUGGUUGGUUUUCAUAUAGAAGACUAUUGUUUAAAUUUUGUGGAUUGCUGUCACCGAAGAUUAGGUUGUCGUGUUGAUAGAAAAAAUUUACUUGUUGAACAUGGUGGUCGUACAGUACGUAUUCGUCCUUUACCUAUUGGUAUACCUUUUGAUCGAUUUGUAGAAAUGGCUGAACAAGCGCCAACUGUUAUAAGUACAUCAUUACAAUUAGUACUUGGUGUAGAUCGAUUAGAUUACACUAAAGGAUUAGUACAUAGACUAAAAGCUUUUGAGUUAUUAUUGGAGCGAUAUCCACAACACAAGGGCAAAGUAGCACUUAUGCAAAUUGCUGUUCCAUCACGUACCGAUGUUAAAGAAUAUCAAGACCUUAAAGAAGAGAUGGAUCAGCUUGUUGGACGUAUAAAUGGACGUUUUACAACACCUAAUUGGUCGCCUAUAAGAUAUAUUUAUGGCUGUGUCAGUCAAAAUGACUUGGCAGCUUUUUAUCGUGAUUCAGCUGUUGCAAUGGUUACUCCAUUGAGAGAUGGCAUGAAUUUAGUGGCCAAAGAAUUUGUUGCUUGCCAAAUAAAAGAGCCACCAGGUGUUCUUAUUGUAUCACCAUUUGCUGGUGCUGGUGAAAUGAUGCACGAAGCAUUAAUUUGUAAUCCAUAUGAAUUAGUUGAAGCAGCUGAUACUUUACAUAGGGCUUUAACUAUGCCUGAAGAUGAAAGGAUGCUAAGAAUGAGAUGUUUAAGGCGCAGAGAAAAAGUGCAUAAUGUUGAUUAUUGGAUGCGAUCUUUCUUGAAGGCCAUGGGUACUCUGAUAUUUGAAGAUGGAGAUGAUGUUUUACCAACUACUAUGCAGCCAGUCACUUUACAAGAUUUCGAUGAUUAUUUAUCCAAAUAUAUUGGUAAUACAAACAAAUUGGCAUUACUAUUAGAUUAUGAUGGUACAUUAGCUCCAUUAGCUCCACAUCCUGAUCUUGCUAUCUUACCUUUAGAAACUAAAAGUGUUUUAGAAAGAUUAGCUAAUAUGUCUGAUGUAUACAUUUCUAUUAUAUCUGGAAGAAAUGUUCACAAUGUUAAAGAUAUGGUCGGUAUUGAGGGUUUGACCUAUGCCGGUAAUCAUGGACUGGAAAUUCUUCAUCCAGAUGGCAGUAGAUUUGUACAUCCAAUGCCCAAAGAGUAUGAAGAUAAAGUUAGUGUGCUGUUAAAAACACUUCAAGACCAAGUUUGUAAAGAUGGUGCAUGGGUUGAAAAUAAAGGUACCUUAUUAACAUUCCAUUAUCGUGAAGUACCUGUUGAUUCCCGACCAGAGCUAGCAGCUACAGCACAGCGAUUAAUAGAAGAAGCAGGAUUUAAAGCAGGACAGGCUCAUUGUGCCAUUGAAGCUAAACCUCCAGUACAAUGGAAUAAGGGACGUGCAUCUUUAUAUAUUUUACGCACGGCUUUUGGCCUAGAUUGGAGUGAACGCAUACGUAUUAUUUAUGCUGGAGAUGAUGUAACUGAUGAAGAUGCAAUGCAGGCGCUGAAAGGUAUGGCAGCAACAUUCAGAGUAGCUCAAUCUCAAAUCGUAAAAACAUCUGCUGAACGUCGUUUGCCAAGCACUGACUCAGUGUUGACCAUGUUAAAAUGGGUUGAAAGACACUUUGGAAAACGGUUACCACGUGAAGAUAGUGUUGGAAAUUUAAGUAAUUGUCUCCAAAUGUCAUUAGGAGAAAUGCAAAUGGAACUCAGCAUGCCAGAUGAAAAAUCCACACAUUAAAACUUUAAAAUAUUAGGUAUUUGAAAUCUAAAGGUAGUUCUAAUUCACGGUGUAUUAGUAUAAAACAAUGCGAUCUUGAAUCAUAACAGAUAAUAAUAUUUAAUUAUAUACUUAGAAUUUAAAUAUUUUAUUUUCAUACACGUAUAAAUAAUUUACAUAUGUGUAUAAAAAUCAUAAUACCUUGUUUUACAAUCAACAAAGAACAAUCUAUUUUAUACGUCAAUUAGAAAUUAAUUAAAAUUAUAACAUUGAAUUUAAAUUCAUAAAAUACAGGUAUAAA